ACUUGAACGAAAUUCGUACCUGAAAGGCAUACCAUUAAAUUGCAAGAUCACGAUGUUCUAUGGAGUCCAGGCCACCAAUCAAGUGGUUUUCUACCUUCUAAUAAUAAGUGUACAGCAAUCAUCCCAGUCUUCUAUAACGGAAACUCUAUUAGACUCUGAGUCAGCCAGACCCAUAGUGCAUACUCCAUCCGGCAGUUUUCGAGGUCUUGAAGCUCAGGACGGGGAUUACUCCAUGUUUUUGGGUAUCCCGUAUGCGAGAGUUGAUCCGGACAACGUUUUUGGUCCUUCCAUACCGAUUGGAUUUGAAGGCACAUUUGAAGCAGUCGAGGACACAGUAAGGUGUCCUCAAGUAGAAGAAUAUAACAACACAAUAAUGGGGAAACUAGACUGCCUUCACAUUAACAUUUUUGUACCAAAUAGUGCCAGUAUAGAUAAUUAUUUGCCUGUUAUGAUACACAUACAUGGAGGGAGAUUCCAAUUCGGCUGUGCUGCCAGAGACGUUCAUGGGCCACGCUUCAUUGUUAGACAUGACGUCAUUUUAAUUACUGUAAACUACCGCGUUGGCCCGUAUGGAUUUUUUUGUCUAAACACUCCUAAAGUACCAGGGAAUCAGGGUUUAAAAGAUCAAGUACAAGCGCUACGCUGGAUUAAAGAAAAUAUACGAUAUUUUGGCGGAGACGACUCCAAGAUUACUUUAGGGGGAAACAGUGCAGGUUCAAUGUCUGUGGAUUUGCUUCAGCACUUUCUACAAGAACCACUUUAUAAUAGAGUGAUUUUACAAAGCGGUGUUUUAUUAACUAAUGGAGUAAUUCAACAUCCUGAUCCAGAUGCUCCUUUGAAAUUAUCAAAGCAAUUGAAUCAUAUAACAAAUGAUAUUAACGAUGCGUUAUCGUUUCUUAGCAGAGUAGACCCACAUGAACUUAUUGCUGCAACAAGGGAUUCUGGUAUGAUUGUUGGACCGUGUGUUGAAAACCAAUUCGAGAAUGUUGAUAACUACAUAACGAAAUAUCCUACUAAUAUGAGCAGUGUUAGAAAUGUCGAUGUAUUAAUUGGUUUUAAUAAUGACGAAUUCUUCGAUAAAACCAUUACGAUGCAAAAAGAGGACUUUGAGAGUAGAGACUUCGUGUCUGAGAAUUUGGAGGAUAAUUAUGAUUUUAAAAAUGAAAGUCAUCUUUCAGAUGAAAUAAAAGACAUUGUACGGAAGUUUUAUUAUGGCGAUAAUCCCAAUAGUGCCGAUAACAGGAGACCGGGGAUGAAUAUAAUUGCUGAUUUUUUUAUGUACAAUCCUGUAUUAAGAACUGUUAAAAAAUAUCUGGACAGUGGUGUAGAAAACAUGUAUUUUUAUAUGUUUUCGUAUUUGGGUGACAGGAGUUUUUCCAAGUAUAAAUGUAAUACAUCACACAUAAAAGGUGGUGCUGCCCACGGAGAUGAGCUGGGAUAUUUAUUUGAUGUAUCUUAUUUGAAAGAACUUUUGCAUGACGAAGACAUGCUAAUUGUAGACAGGAUGACUGAAUUUUGGACUAAUUUUGCUAAAUAUGGAAAUCCGACACCGAAACCAUCGAAGUUGAUUCCUCUCCAAUGGCCACGCGUAUCCCAGGACAAACUGCCAUAUUUGGAGAUAAACACUGAACUACGCCUAGGUUCCAGACCGAUGCACGAGCGGAUGAGCUUUCUAGACCUUCUGUACAAGCAUAUUGGACGUUAUCAUAAGGAGCAUUUGUGGACUGGACAAUGAAACCGAACAAACAAAUGACUACAACUGUAGCUUGUGGAUAAAAAGAAACUUUGUUAUUCAUUUUUGAAGAAUAAAGAGAGCCUUUACGAGCUGGUGUGGUAAAGAAAAAUGUUUUAAUAACUGACGAGCACAAUAUCCCCUAAGAAUCAUUUUUAGGGUUCCGUACCAAAAUGGUAAAAAGGAACCCUUAUGGUGCGACUCUGUCCGUCCGUCCGUCCGUCUGUCACAUCGCUAAAUAUCUCGAGAACCACUUAAGCUAUUGAUUUGAAAUUUGGAAUAGUUAUGAACAACGCUAACCCAGACACAUUGAAAGUAUUAUUUUGUUAAAACUAAAAAUGGUUUAUCAAGGGAAAUGUGUAAUAAAAAUAACGCCCCCCCCCCCCUUAUCUCCGAAGUUUACCGAAGAAAAAUUAUGAUUUUUUUUACAUGAUAUUAACAUUACUAUAUAUUUUACAGGAAAAAUAUAAUCAGACCCCAAUCUUGCUUACUUUUUUAAAAUUAACAUCAAACCUUCCCGAAUUCAGUUUGCAAGUUACGUGUGUUUAUUACACUUGAAAUUUCUAUGAGAUUGGACUAUCAGUUGUUUUUCUCAGGGUUCGUAGGUUCAACGCUAUACUACCUCACUACCCGUCUGUGAAAUUCCUAGAAAUCUCUAUUAUAUAGACAAAGGAAAUUGAUAAGAAUAACUGGACGCCAGCAAGCUUGCUAAAGCGUACAAAAGAAGGUAGAUCUGUAAUGAGAUAAAAUAAACUAUUUUGCUUGAGCUCAAAAUACUAGAAGUUGAAUUUAGUUAACCAGCGAUUCAUUAGAGUUAGUUUAAAUUAGUUCUAAGAUACAAGCAGGCUGCUCUAGCAGCACAAGAUACUUAACUAAUGUAUUUGGAAUAUAAUUAAGGCAGUUCAGAUGAAGCCGUUGAAAGUUAAUGUGUACAGGGCACUAAAGUUCGUGGCAAAGAUCACUGUGACGUCUUAUCACUUUUGUUUACACAAUUUAAUUGUCUUUUAAUGUAGUGAGAGACAAAAAUGUCAGAAAAGCAGGCGUGCCGUGCGAAACCGUCACGUCUCAUCCAUGCAGUCCGGCAGCAUCACCAAGAACGUCUAAGCCGCGAUGGAUGUCGUGCGGCAGACACGUGGCCCCUCUGCAUGCGUUCUUGUAUGCUAGACGAAACUGAUGACCUGGCAUACUCCAGGAGAAACGAGGAUGUCUGAGGGUGCCCAGAAGAACCCGAGAAGAUUUAAAUCGCUCCCAAAUUGUAGGAGAGUUUCCCAAUAUGGGACCAGCAAGAAACUCGGCGGGCACAUCAUUUCAAAACAUUUCAUCUUAUAACUA